AACUGACAUCGAGCAAACGGUGCUCAGUCGAAAUGCGCAUGUGCAAUGUAACGGUUCGUAGUUGAAACAUAUAACUGGCGAUUUUAGCUGCGCGAAUUGUGUAAAAAUACAAACAUACAUAACCACACGCAUGCGCACAUUUGCAAGUGCAAGUCAAGUGUGGCAAGUGGCAAAUAAAACCUACUAACGCUGUACCUAGCGAAGUUCAAAUUCAAUUAUACUAUUUCGAUUUUUUUUUUGUUUUUUAUGAAAUGCAGUGAAGUAAAGCGCUAUAACAACAAAAAGUGUUGUAAUAGCGUUAUAAGCAAAAAGAAAGCAAGUCUAAUAAAGGUUACAGUGUGAAAACCUUUCGCUUCAUAGCGCAAAAAAAAAGUCAUAACAACAAUAAACUGAGCAUUUAAGUAAACAAUAAAAGCGGAAAUUAUAAAAUAAGUGAUGAUUUCACACACCAACAAAGUGCCAAUACUGCAACUGCUGCUGCUAACGAGCUUAUUGGAGCGCUACAACGCCACUAGCUGGCGGCAAGUGAAACCAAUGUAUCUGCUAUCCAUGUACGAGCCGUCCGAUGUUUAUUCUAAUGAGCCGACGGUUUUAAGUUUAGAAGCAGACACAGAUGCAGAGGACGAUAUGCGGUUGCAUCGCACGCCAGCGAUGGAUCGUAUUUUUGGCGGUAGUGUGGCACAACGUCACAGUUUUCCAUAUCAAGUCGGUUUGUUGCUGCAGCGACCCAAGGGACUAUACUGGUGCGGUGGUGCAUUGAUUUCGGAUGAAUAUGUUUUGACUGCGGCCCAUUGCGUGGAUAUGGCCAAGCGUGCUUUAGUGUUUCUAGGUGCGCAUGAGAUUAAAAACGCCGACGAAAUUGGUCAAGUGCGUAUUAUGGUUAAGCGUAAUAGUUUCAUCAUAUAUCCAACGUGGAAUCCGCGACGUCUCAAAGAUGACAUCGCUUUGGUGCGUUUGCCAGUGCCUAUCGCAUUUAAUGACCGCAUACAGCCGAUUCCGUUGCCGCGUCGUAGUUAUGAGUACCAGGACUUUGAAAAUAAAUUAGCCAUCGCUUCCGGCUGGGGACGCUACGCGAUGGGUGCGCAUGCUAUUAGUAACGUACUACGUUAUGUGAGGCUGCGCAUAAUCGAUGGUUGGACCUGUAAACGCAGUUUCCCACUUUCAUAUCAUAGUACGAAUAUCUGUACGAGCGGCAAGUAUGCGCGCUCCACAUGCAACGGCGAUUCUGGCGGUCCACUGGUUGUGCGUCGCAAACAUACCAAAAAACGUAUACUCGUCGGCCUCACAUCAUUCGGAAGUAUACAUGGCUGUAAUCUCGGCUAUCCGGCGGCAUUUACGAAAGUCGCUUCAUAUCUAGACUGGAUUAAUGAUGAGACCGGCAUUGAAUUGUGGCAUGAAUCAUCGAAUGCAAUAGUUUUCAAGAAAAUUUUAAAAGAUUAUGAGCGAAAGCAAUGCAGAGACCAUUAUCUAAAGGAGGACUUAACGUUGGAAGAUGAAGAAGAUUUGAGUUACAGCACCGAACAGAUACCCGAGUUUACACCAGCACGCCUGAAACGCCCAUCCAGGGUUGGGCGCACGUCGUAUACUUUAAGACCACCAAGGCAAAGAGUGCUUUAUCCGCCGCCAAGAAAUUAUCCAAAAUAUAUUUUUUUGUGAGAUAUUUAUUCGCUGCCAAUAAAGUAGUUUUCCAUAACACAUAUUCCAUAACAUUAA